UACAGACAUAUAUAAAAACAACGUCUGAGAACCCCACUACGACCCCUCCUACCAUAUAAGCUAUAAAGCUCCCUCUUGAAGCAUGAAAACACUUACUUUGACCUCUCUCUCUCUCUCUCUCUCUCUCUCUCUCUCUCUCUCUCAGGAACAAGAAAAGGAAAAAAAAGAAAGAAAAGGAUACUGGCAAAAAGUAGCAAAAAUGGUUACAGAAGAGAAAUCCCACAAGUACCCAACAAUGCCAGAGGUUGUGGAGGAGCUAAAAAGAAUGACAGACAUAGGCUUCCCUAUAGCAGCUUUGAGCUUGGUGGGGUAUCUCAAAAACAUGAUCUUAGUAGUCUGCAUGGGAAGACUAGGAAGCUUGGAGCUCGCAGGUGGUGCCUUAGCUAUUGGAUUCACCAACAUCAGUGGCUACUCAGUUCUUUCCGGCCUAGCGAUGGGGAUGGAGCCUCUAUGUAGUCAAGCAUUUGGUUCGAGAAAUCUAUUAGUAGCAUCUCAUACUCUAAGAAGAACAAUUCUUAUGUUACUGCUUGCUUCAAUACCUAUUGGCUUGUUGUGGGUCAAUCUUGAACCCCUCUUGCUUAGCCUCCAUCAAGAUCCUGACAUAACCAGAAUCGCAAGUUUAUACUGUAGAUUUUCCAUUCCUGAUCUUAUUGCUAAUAGCCUCCUGCACCCUCUACGAAUUUACUUGCGCAGUAAAGGAACUACAUGGCCAUUAAUGUGGUGCACCCUGGUCUCCAUUGUUCUGCAUGUUCCUGUCACCAUAUUUCUAGCCUUCACUCUUUGUCUUGGAGUCCCUGGAAUUGCAAUUUCUACUUUUAUCACCAAUUUUAACACCCUCUUGUUCCUCGUAUGCUACAUGUAUUUAUUUAGUCGGGCCACUGAGGAGGAGCCCUCGUCCACACCUCUAAUUAGACAACAACCAUUUCUAUCAUCUCCUUCUACUUCACUAAGAAAGGAAUGGGGACUCCUACUCCGGCUUGCCAUUCCAAGUUGCAUAGCUGUUUGUUUAGAGUGGUGGUGGUAUGAGUUCAUGACAAUUCUAGCCGGUUACUUGCACAACCCUCAAGCCGCCCUAGCAACAUCAGCUAUUAUAAUUCAGACCACAUCCCUAAUGUACACGUUGCCAACAUCACUGAGUGCAUCGGUGUCGACUCGGGUGGGCAACGAGCUUGGAGCAGGCAGGCCACAGAAAGCUCGUUUGGCCACGGUGGUUGCAAUAGGCUUAGCCUUAUUAAGCUCAUUGUUUGGUUUGCUAUGGACCACCCUAGGGAGAGAAGCAUGGGGGAAAGUUUUUACAAAAGAUGAUGAGGUUCUCGAGCUAACUAUGGUUGUACUGCCCAUAAUUGGAUUAUGUGAGCUUGCAAAUUGUCCACAAACGACAAGCUGUGGAAUUUUAAGAGGGAGUGCUAGGCCCGGCAUCGGGGCAGGGAUUAACUUUUACUCCUUUUACAUGGUGGGUGCACCUGUGGCCAUAGGCCUAGCCUUUGUUUGGAAACUAGGGUUUGUGGGUCUAUGUUAUGGUCUUCUAGCGGCUCAAGUUGUAUGUGUAGUCUCAAUUUUAACAGUAGUAUACAAGACAGAUUGGGAUAGAGAAUCGUUAAAGGCCAAAGAACUGGUUGGCAAUACUGGUGCCUUGGCACAUGAACAUGCAGACCAUAUAGCCAAAUGUGAAGAAGGAGAAGGGCUAAGUUUCGGGUGAAGAGCGAGAAAAAGAUUGAGGGAUUGUGGCCGAUCGAAUGAACACGAACAAAAAAGAACUGCGGCAUUAACAGGACUAGAAAAAA